GCUAUUUUCUCUCAAAGGCUGGAGUCAGACACACAUGAUAAAGGAGGGAGCAGGAGGAGCAGAUCUUUUAAGGAAGAAGGCAGAUUCUGUUCUGUCAGGUUCCUCCUGUGUGUAAGAGCCAGUCAGAGCAGAGAGAGAGAGAGAGAGGAGAGGAAAAGCCAUAGGGAGAGAGGGGGAGAGGGGAUCUGUUGCAGGCAGGGAAAGGCGUGACCUGAAUGGAGAAUGCCAGCCAAUUCCAGAGACACACAGGGACCUCAGAACAAAGAUAAGGCAUCGCUGACACCACACCAGGACGAGCUCAACAGAGAAGUCUGGCUGGGGGGACCAAGUCCAGGCAACUAGGAGCGCCCAAAGCAGAAAAAUGAGGAGGCUUCUUCUCUGUCAAGCUCUGUGCUUCUUCCUGUUGAAGGCUUCAGCCCAUACUGUGGAGCUGAACAAUAUGUUUGGCCAGAUCCAGUCACCUGGUUACCCAGACUCCUAUCCAAGUGACUCGGAGGUGACUUGGAAUAUAACUGUCCCGGAGGGCUUUCGGAUCAAGCUUUACUUCAUGCACUUCAACUUGGAAUCCUCCUACCUUUGUGAAUAUGACUAUGUGAAGGUAGAAACUGAAGACCAAGUGCUGGCAACAUUCUGUGGCAGAGAAACCACGGACACAGAGCAGACUCCGGGCCAGGAAGUGGUCCUCUCUCCUGGCUCCUACAUGUCCAUCACUUUCCGGUCAGAUUUCUCCAAUGAGGAACGGUUCACAGGCUUCGAUGCCCACUACACAGCUGUGGAUGUGGAUGAGUGCAAGGAGAGGGAAGAUGAGGAGCUGUCCUGUGACCAUUACUGCCACAACUACAUCGGUGGCUACUACUGCUCCUGUCGCUUUGGCUACAUUCUCCACACAGACAACAGGACCUGCAGAGUGGAGUGCAGUGACAACCUCUUUACCCAGAGGACCGGCAUAAUCACCAGCCCCGACUUCCCCAACCCUUACCCCAAAAGCUCUGAAUGCUUCUACGUUAUCGAACUGGAAGAGGGUUUCAUGAUCAACCUGCAGUUCGAGGACAUCUUUGACAUUGAGGAUCAUCCGGAGGUGCCCUGUCCCUAUGACUACAUCAAGAUUAAAGCUGGCCCAGAUGUUCUGGGGCCCUUCUGUGGGGAGAAAGCCCCAGAACCCAUCAGCACCCAGAGCCACAGUAUCCAGAUCCUGUUCCGCAGUGACAACUCAGGCGAGAACCGAGGCUGGAGACUCUCGUACAGGGCGACAGGAAAUGAGUGCCCAGAGCUACAGCCUCCUGUCCAUGGGAAAAUCGAGCCCUUGCAAGCCAAGUAUUCCUUUAAAGACCAAGUGCUUGUCAGCUGUGACACAGGCUACAGAGUGCUGAAGGAUAACGUGGAGAUGGACACAUUCCAGAUUGAAUGUCUGAAGGAUGGGACGUGGAAUAACAAGAUUCCCACCUGUAAAAUUGUAGACUGUGGAGUCCCAGCCGAGCUGGAACAUGGGGUGGUCACCUUCUCCACAAGGAACAACCUCACCGUUUACAAAUCUGAAAUGAGAUACUCCUGCCAACAGCCCUACUACAAGAUGCUCCCCAACAUCUCUGGUAUAUACACAUGUUCUGCUAAAGGAUCCUGGAUGAAUAAAGAGAUGGGAAGAAGCCUACCUACCUGCCUUCCAGUGUGUGGGCUCCCCAAGUUCUCCCGGAGGAGUCUGGCCCGGAUCUUCAAUGGACAUCCAGCCCAGGAGGGCACCAGUCCCUGGAUUGCCAUGCUGACAGACCCGAAUGGACAGCCCUUCUGUGGGGGCUCUCUUCUAGGAUCCGACUGGAUUGUGACCGCUGCUCACUGCCUCCACCAGCUGUUAGACUCAGACGACUCAACCCUACACAGCUCAGACAUGCUCAGGCCGUCUGACUUCAAAAUCAUCCUGGGAAAACAUUCGAGGGUGCGAUCGGAUAAGAACGAACAGCAUCUCAGGGUCAAACGCAUCACUCUCCAUCCCCAGUAUAACCCCAGCACUUUCGAGAAUGACGUGGCUUUGGUGGAGCUGCUGGAGAGCCCGGUGCUGAAUAACUACGUGAUGCCCAUCUGUCUCCCCGAGGAGCCCCAGCAGGAAGGAGCCAUGGUUAUCGUCAGUGGCUGGGGGAAGCAGUUCUUACAAAGGUUACCGGAGACCCUGAUGGAGAUUGAAAUCCCAAUUGUUGACCACAACACCUGCCAAGAGGCCUAUGCCUCACUGAAGAAGAAAGUGAGCAAGGACAUGAUCUGUGCUGGGGAGAAGGAGGGGGGGAAGGACGCCUGUUCUGGUGACUCUGGAGGCCCCAUGGUGACCCUGGAUACAGAAAGAGGCCAUUGGUACCUGGUGGGCACAGUGUCCUGGGGCGAGGACUGUGGGAAGAAGGAACGCUAUGGAGUAUAUUCCUACAUUUACCACAACAAGGACUGGAUCCAGAGGGUCACCAGGGUGAGGAACUGAAUUAGCUCCUCCAUUCCAACCCCACCUGCUAUGGUCAGUCAGCAGCUGAUGCAAGUGGCCAUUCCUUUCUUCACCCCCCUUAUUCAGCUUAUCACUGGACAAUGAAGGGGCCACCUCUGCCCCCUUUUCCCUAUCUUUAAAGAAGCAGGGUAGCUAAGUGAUCAGAACAUAGGCUGGGUCUAUGCUCCAUCACAUACAAACUUCGCGAUGCUCGGCAGGUGACUUCAUCUCUUUCAACCUCGGUUUCCUCAUCCAUAAGAUGGAAAGACCUUACCUACCUCAUGAAAGUCUGAUGAGGGUGGAAUUAAUGAAUGUAUACACUGUUUGACACGGUGCAGGGCGUAAACUAAGGGCUUAAUAAACAGGACUUGGCAGGUCAGUGUGUCCACCAGGCAGAUGAAGUUCUCUUACAAACUCCUGGCUGGCCUUUAGAACUGAUUGGUGAGCCCCCUCUCCCCUGCACUUUGUUUCCCAAAUGCCCCAUGCUUCUCUGCCCCCUUACAAUGUCCCCACCCCACCCCCACCUUUCCCUCCUAACAUAGAACAGACCGGUUCUUAGUCCUGUGUCAUGCUGCACAGCAACGUAGCUUUCAACAUGAGCCAGACACCAAAUUGUGGGAGUGCUUUAGAGAAGCACAGCCUGACAGGGAGACAGGGAGUGGUGGGAUGGGGAGUCAGGCAGCUGGUUCUCUGGCUCUUCCUGCUUUUCUGUGUGGCCCUAGGCCAUCCUUUCUCCUCAUCCCAAAGAGCCCUCUUAGCUCUGAUGAUCCAAGAUCCAAUGAAGCCAUUUUUCCCCCUGAUGUGAGUUAAAGCUAAACUAACCAAAAAGAAAAGUUGACAUUAGAUUCAAAAGUGCUUUGAUGCAGACAAAAUGCUGCUGUUGGUCCUGCAGCACCCACUCCCACUCACCACACACCGUUCCCCGACAACACGGCCCAGCACAUGCCGGCCAGGGAUCGUUCCUUGUUCCUAUGCAGAGCAUGAGUCCUGGGCCCUGGCCUUCCCUUCCUGGAAAUCUAGGCUGCACAGGAGGGCCCUGGUAGGCCACACCUCAGGCCCUGCACUCUCUCCCUAUAUCCACAGCGGGGCCCCAGGAGUCAUUCCCCCUUUUCCUUACCCCUAAGCCCCAUCCUGAAUUCUCUAGUUCAACAAGAUCACAAAUACUUCCUCAGCACAAUGCCUCUCCCAUCCAAGAGCCACUUCCUCACUCAGGAAACUUCUAGAGACCAAAUACUCUUCAGAGCUCCAAGAUAUAAGCCCUUCAUGCAAACAGAAGCUUCGAGUCCCUGUCUUCUGUCCUGCCAAAAUUGGUCUUCACAGGGAUAUGAGCUCUUAACCUCCUGAUAGUUACAGGAACCAUUGAAGAUCUCUUGUUGAAAGAGUGAAAUAAU